CUAUCAGUCCGCGCAGGUUCCAAAGACACGCGAGACCUCGGCGCCAUUUUGAGAAAUCAGCGAGAGUUGCGGGAUUAUUUCUAAAUUAGCUAGCUAACUUUGUGUGCGCCGUUGACGAUUGAUUUAGAUAUAGAUAGCUUGAUAUUUAUACAGCCAUUUGUUAUAUACCGUUAAACGGCUUUUCUUCAGUUAGCUAGCUAGGUAAGUAGUAAUCUUCGGAUGUCGGGGGAUAAUAUGUCGGGAGGCGGGAGCGUGGUUCGUGGCCCAGCGGGAAACAACGACUGUCGGAUCUACGUGGGUAACCUGCCGCCUGAUAUUCGAACCAAAGACGUGGAGGAUGUGUUCUAUAAGUACGGAGCGAUCCGGGAUAUCGACUUGAAGAACCGGAGAGGAGGACCGCCGUUCGCUUUCGUGGAAUUCGAGGACCCCAGGGAUGCUGAUGAUGCGGUACACGGUCGUGAUGGUUAUGACUACGAUGGUUACCGUCUCCGGGUGGAGUUCCCCCGUAGUGGUCGUGGCGGGGGGAGAGGGGGGAUGGGCGGUGGAAGGGGCGGGGGUGACGGAGGAGGACCCAGAGGAAGAUAUGGACCUCCAUCACGACGCUCUGAGUACCGGGUCAUCGUCUCCGGUCAGUGUGUGGCUUAGAUCUGUGUUUGUGUCUGGUCCGACUGUCUGUAUGGUGGUCUCUCU